UGCUGUUAGUGACGAUGAUGUCCGGCACUUUCGCUCUGGCUCUUGAGUGUUGUGGUUCUGCUCUUAUCGUCGCCAGUGUAUGUCCUCUCCUUUCCUCUCAGCAGGACGAUGGCUCUUCAGGGAGGACAAGGAAGACACGGUGGACAAGAUGAUCAAUUCAAACCUGUGUUCACACAAGAGGAAUUGAGAAUACAUCAGGGAGUGCAAUCGUGAAUCAUUCUACUUCCGUUCUGUUCCGCUGGCUGCUGCUUUCUCCACAGCUACUGCCAUGGCCCUGCGCAAAGGUAUACUCAGUGCCAGUAGCAGGUUUGGCUACACCCCGAAGAUCAUCGGUGCCGUUGCAGCUGGUUACUUCAUAGGCAAGCUGUCCUACCAGAAUGCUUGUGCAGAAAAGAUCAUGCAGCUUCCUAACAGUCCCCUUGCAGAAUCUCUCAGGAGACGGAAGGGACGGAUUGGCUUUCAGGAGACGUUGGGGAUGGAAGCCGGCUUCACCGUUGGCCCAACACAAACUGAAGCAGAGACACCAGCUGAACCAAUAUUUGAUGACCACCGCCCAGACUUGAGGGACCACAAUGAAGGCCUGGAUGACUAUCACCGUGGGGUGACUGAAUCUCUGAGUCCCUAUACUGAUCAGCCUGCUGCUGCUGCACCUCCUCCCACAUCUUACCAAGAACUGCGACGCAAAAAUCGAGAGGAUUAUGUAAAUAAGAUGGCCGAAAGAUAUCGCAGGCCUUCCCUAGGUGAAGGUCCUCAAGAUAUUCCUCCUGUGCCACCACCAGCACCACCUGCUCCUCCCUCCAAUAUGCCCAUGCCAGUCAGGAAAAACCAGUAUGGUGAUGAUGUGUAUGAGUGAAAUAUUCUCUCUCUCUCUCUCUCUCUCUCUCUCUCUCUCUCUCUCUCUCUCUCUCUCUCUCUCUCUCUCUCUCUCUCUCUCUCUCUCUCUCUCUCUCUCUCUCUCUCUCUCUCUCUCUCUCUCUCUCUCUCUCUCUCUCUCUCUCUCUCUCUCUCUCUCUCUCUCUCUCUCUCUCUCCUCUCUCCUCUUCUCUCCUCUCCUCUCCUCACCAGUAUGGUGAUGAUGUGUAUGAGUGAAAUAUCCUCUCUCUCUCUCUCUCUCUCUCUCUCUCUCUCUCUCUCUCUCUCUCUCUCUCUCUCUCUCUCUCUCUCUCUCUCUCUCU